CAUGAUGGUGGUGCUUUAUGAAAAAUAAAAGAGAUAGAAACAACUAACGUGCCGCUUAGAUUGACAAGUUAGUAAGUGGGAUAGAGACAGUAGAUAGUGUUAGUAAAAUGAAGGCAGAACGGUUUUGUGUUUUAUUUGUGUUGUGUUGUAUAAAUUUUGCGUAUCAAGUUGAUGCUUUGAAAGCUGGUGAAGGGGUUUGCACUGUGAAAUCGAGCGUUCGCAAAACUAAAAUCCGCAUCGUAACACAAACGAAAAACACACUGUGCGGUAAGAAGAAAUGCGUCGUGAAGAUCCCUAAACGCGUAACCUACUUGGCGACGGUGCUGCGUACAGUCUGCUGCAAUGGCUGGGAAUAUUUAAGUGAUAAAGAUUUAUGUAUACCACAGUGCAGCACGGGAUGCUUAGGAGGACGAUGUACAGCUCCCAAUGUAUGCGUAUGCGACCCUCCAAUGUACCUCGACCCUGAACACAGAAAUAACUGCAUUAAACCAACUUGCGAUCCCCCUUGCGUUAAUGCUGAGUGUACCUUCAAUAACACAUGCAAUUGUUUGAAGAAUUUCACUUCUUUCAACGCCACUCAUUGUUUACAUUGCGAAUCUGGUUACUCUAUAGAUACGACAUUCAAAUGUAAACCUCAAUGCACGAAAGGUUGCGAAAACGGAACAUGCACGGCGCCAGACGUGUGCACUUGUUUACCAGGCUUCUCUAAACAAGAGGUAAAUCAAGAUUGUAAACCAGUUUGCGAGAAAUGUGUUAAUGCAAGUUGCACUGGACCAAAUGUUUGUUCAUGUUGGGAAGGAUACAAUCAAAUAAAUGAUACGCAUUGUUCACCCAAAUGUGAUGAUUGUGACGGAAUUUGUGUUGGUCCAAAUAUUUGCGAAUGCAGUGUUGGUUAUAAGAAAAUUAAUGAUUCCUGUACGCCAAUAUGCAACGAGACGUGUCAGAAUGCUGUUUGUACAGCGCCAAAUGUUUGUUCGUGCUUCGAUGGAUACCUGAAGAAGAAAGAUAAAACACACUGUAAGACCUACUUGGCGACGGUGCUGCGUACAGUCUGCUGCAAUGGCUGGGAAUAUUUAAGUGAUAAAGAUUUAUGUAUACCACAGUGCAGCACGGGAUUCAAUAUCGGAGGACGAUGUACAGCUCCCAUCGACGUUGUAUGCAAUUUCACUUCUUUCAACGCCACUCAUUGUUUACAUUGCGAAGCUGGUUACUCUAUAGAUACGACAUUCAAAUGUAAACCUCAAUGCACGAAAGGUUGUGAAAACGGAACAUGCACGGAGCCAGACGUGUGCACUUGUUUACCAGGCUUCUCUAAACAAGAGGUAAAUCAAGAUUGGGCGCACGUCCCGCACGCGCCACACAACCAGUUUGCGAGAUAA